AUGGGCAAGAAGGACAGCAAACAUGGGUCUUGGAGAGACGAUGACGACCCCAAAUCAGACGCUGACAGAAAGACGGGAAGCUUCAAGCAGCGCUCGCUCUGCAGCUCCACAGAAGACUCGCCUGACGACAACUCCAGUCUCCAGCUGGAAUCUGCUUUACUUGGUGAGACCGCGAAUGAUGACGAAGUGAAGACGAGUCACGAGGGAAAGAGCCGUGAAGAAGAUGAAGAGGGUCACCUAGACUAUCAUAUCGGUCUCGUGAUGAAAGCAAGAUAUGAGGUGGUAUUUACACUGGGAGCAGGAUCCUUUGCAAAAGUGGUGGAGUGUAUUGAUAGAGACAAGGAGGAGCAUGUGGCCGUGAAGAUUUUGAGGAGCACUGAGUGUUUCCGUGAAGUAGCGAAGUCUGAGAUCGCAGUGCUGGAGGAGAUCAACAGCCUGGACGAUGACAACACAUUUGCCUGUGUGAGGAUGCUGGACUGGUUCGAUCACGAAGGUCACAUCUGCAUCGUGUUCGAGCUGCUCGGCCUCAGCACCUUCGAGUUCCUCCGGCAGAACGAGUUCCUGCCGUUCAACGUGGAGCAGAUCAGACACAUGGCCUUCCAGAUCUUCAGAGCCGUCUACUUCCUGCAUCGCAACAAGCUGACGCACACCGACCUGAAGCCGGAAAACAUCCUGUUUGUCUGCUCCGACUACGACCUGCAGCACAACGACAAGACGAAGUGUGACGAGAGGACACUGAAGAGUCUGGAUGUGAAGGUGGUGGAUUUUGGUACGGCCACAUUUGACCACGAACACCAUGAAUCCCUGGUGUCAACACGCCACUAUCGAGCUCCAGAGGUCAUACUGGAUCUGGGCUGGAACCAGUCGUGUGACGUUUGGAGUCUGGGCUGUGUUCUCAUGGAGUUUUACCUGGGAUGCACAAUCUUCCCGACUCAUGACAGUAAAGAACAUCUGGCCAUGAUGGAGAAAAUCCUGGGACCGAUUCCCCCCCACCUGCUGAAACAGACAAGAAAGCAGCAUUACGUGCACGACGAGCGUCUGAACUGGGACGAGCGCAGCUCCUCUCACGAUUACGUCAGGAAACACCUUAAACCUCUGAAGAAGUACAUGAACAGGAAGAGCGAGGAGGAGGUGCAGCUGUUGGACCUGCUCGGCUGUAUGCUGGAGUACGACGUGUACCGUCGGAUCACGCUGGAGGAGGCGCUGUGGCACCCGUUCUUCAGCCCGCUGAGGACUCAGAAGCAGCGGAGCUAACACACACACACACACACACACACACACACACACACAUUAAAUAUAUUCCUCAGGCUGUAGUUUAAGUGUUUGGGUUUGUAGUUCUGAUGUGAAGUUUGAUUUACAGUCAGAACAUUUCCA